AUGUGGAAACUGUUUGGAUUGCUGCUGCUCCUUGGCAGUGGCAUUUGCAGCGAACUGGCCAAGGCACUGGAUGAGGAUGAGGACGUGCCCAUCGGCAGCGAUAAGGAGCUUUCGGAUCUGGUCAUCACCACAGCAUUGGGCAAAAUCCGUGGCACCAUAUUGCCUUCACAGGCAGGUCGCAAUUUUUAUGCGUUCCGGGGCAUACCCUAUGCCAAGGCGCCCGUGGACAAUCUACGCUUCAAGCCGCCGGAGCCGGUAGAGCAAUGGUUCGACAUAUUCGAUGCCACCUUCGACGGACCCAAGUGCCCGCAGCCGGGUCUAUUCAGUGACGAUGUGAGCGAGGAUUGCCUCAGACUAAACAUCUACUCACGCGACCUGCCCACUGAGUCGCGCCCGAACCCCAAGAAGCCCGUCAUUGUGUUCAUACAUCCUGGUGGCUUCUACUCGCUGUCUGGCCAGAGCAAGAACUUUGCGGGUCCCCAGUAUUUCAUGGAUCGUAACCUGGUGCUGGUCACCUUUAACUAUCGCCUGGGCACACUGGGAUUCCUGGCCACAGGCACGCAGCAGGCGCCGGGCAAUAUGGGUCUCAAGGACCAGGUGCAGAUGCUGCGCUGGUUAAAGCUGCAUAUUUCACGCUUUGGCGGUGAUCCAAACGCGAUUACACUGCUGGGCUAUGGAGCUGGUGCCAUGGCCAUAACGCUGCACAUGGUGUCGCCCAUGUCGCAGGGCCUGUUCCAUCGCGCCAUUGUGAUGAGUGGCGCCGCAACGGGCCAGUGGUCGCUGCCGGAGCAUCAAAUGGACGUGGCCAAAAAGCAGGCCGCACUGCUACAGUGCGACACAGAGGACACGGACGAAAUGCUGAACUGCCUGCGUGGGAAACACUAUUUGGAAUAUGCAAAUACCCUGCCACGCAUGUUUGACUUUGGACGCAACAAUCCGCUGAUAUUGUGGAAGCCCGUGGUGGAGCCGGACUUUGGACAGGAGCGUUUUCUCAUUGAGGAUCCCGUGCGCAGCUAUCAGAACGGCGACUUUAUGAAGAUACCCAUCAUAACGGGCAUGACCAAGGAUGAGUUUGUGGGCCCAGCUAUAUCCAUUCUGCAGAGUCCCACCUUGCUCGGCGCCUUUAAUGACAACUUUGAGGCUCUGGCACCUAUCUGCUUCCUGUACAAUGCCAGCAGUCCACGUGCCCAGAACAUAAGUCAGGAAUUGCGACAACAUUAUUUUGGCCAUUUGCCGCUCGAGGCGAAUAGCUCGCUCCAGUCUCUGGCCACACUCUACUCGGAUGCACUGACGGGCUUUGGCGUACACCGCUUCGUGCAUCUGGCUGCGCGUUCCACCAAGGUCUACUACUAUCGCUUUGCCUAUCAGGGUGGACGCAGCCACAUACAUUAUCCGGAGGAUGCGCCCUACGGCAUAGUGCAUCACGAUGAUCUAAUGUAUUUAUUUGUGGAGCCAUCGAUCAGUCGCAUGUUUACGGAGGACGACGAUGAGUUUCGCAUGGUCGACAUCAUGACACGCAUGUUCUCGGCCUUUGCGUACAAGGGGGAUCCCAAUAAGCCCAGCGACGAGAAGCUGCGCAACAUUCGCUGGCGCCCCUUCAGCUUUAAGAAGCGCUACUAUCUGGACAUUGGCGACGAGCUCAUCUUGCAGGAGGGCCUCAAUGCUGCACGCUAUGAGAUCUGGAAGCGCCUGUUUCCCCUCAACUGGCGACGUCAGACCAAGGAGCGCUGA